AUGGCGGCGACCAAGCACAGAGCCUCGAGGCCCGGGCCGAUCAGCCCGAAUUCAAGCACAGGCACAAGCACAAAGGUCUGGCUCUUCUCUUUAUUACUCACUAUUCAGUACGGAGCUCAACCUCUCAUCUCCAAACGCUUCACCAGGAGAGAUGUGAUUGUGACUUCAUCUGUUUUGGCAUGUGAGGUGGUGAAGGUUGUUUGUGCUUUUUUUCUUAUGGCAAAAGAUGGUACUUUGAAAAGGCUAUACAAGGAGUGGACUUUGAUCGACUCCCUGGCUGCAUCCGGACUCCCAGCUGCCAUAUAUGCACUGCAAAAUAGCUUGUUGCAGAUAUCUUACAAAAAUCUUGAUUCACUCACAUUUUCAAUGUUGAACCAGACCAAACUGUUUUUCACUGCUUUGUUCACCUAUAUAAUAUUAGGGCAGAGGCAAUCAAUUCAACAAAUUGGUGCUCUUUUCUUGUUGAUAAUUGCUGCCAUCCUUCUAAGCAUCGGUGAAGGCUCCAGCAAAGCAUCGAGUACUGAAAAUCCUGAUGAGAUUUUAUUCUAUGGAAUUGUUCCAGUGUUAGUAGCUUCAGUACUUUCUGGUCUGGCUUCUGCUUUGUGUCAGUGGGCUACUCAAGUUAAGAAACAUGCAUCAUACUUGAUGACUGUUGAGAUGUCAGUAAUUGGAAGCCUGUGCAUGCUGGCUAGUGCUUACAAGUCACCAGACGGAACAGCUAUUAGACAGCGUGGGUUCUUUUACGGCUGGACUCCCCUGACAUUGAUCCCUGUUACGAUAAAUGCUGUUGGUGGGAUUCUUGUUGGUCUCGUGACAUCUUAUGCGGGUGGUGUCCGAAAGGGAUUUGUCAUUGUGUCUGCACUACUCGUCACUGCUUUGCUACAGUUCAUCUUUGACGGGAAACCACCUUCUCCAUACUGUCUCGCGGCGUUUCCACUCGUGAUCACUAGCAUAUCAAUAUACCAAAAAUAUCCAUGUCUUAAAAAGAAAGACUAG